CAUCACACUAUUUUAAUAUGAAUCAACUGUGCAGUUACGAUCGUACAACAUAUAUUAAUUUCCCCAAAUACUAGAAACGGUACGUAUUAAUUGUACAUAUCGGUGGCGACUCUUCAGUUGUCGUCGGUGUGGUUUUCCGGUUAAAGGUGCACUAUUUGAAUUGCUUAAGCGUUUUGAAUCCUCAAGAUUACAAUACUUGCAUAAAAAAGUUUGCAGCUUGCUUCAUCACUUGUCUUUAAGGGAGAGACCUAUUACUAAGAGAAAAUCAAUAUUCUACUAUAGAUGCAUUGAUGCUUAUGUUACCUGAGAUGCCCAAGUGAGGACUGAUGGCAAGAAGACUGUAAAUCACAGUAAAUUUCUUGUUAUUGACUUCAUAAAAUACAUGGCAAAUGAAGAUUUCUGGAAGGAGGAUUCUUAUGAUGAUUAUGUUCCUCCAAAGUCAAAGAGAACUGCCAAAUCAAAGAAGAUGGAAUAUGCCGGGUGGGGAUCAAAGCCUCUCAUGGAAUUUUUAAAAGAAAUUGGUAUAGAGACUGAAAAAAAGAAGUCUCAACAGGAAUUGACAGCCAUAAUUAAUGACUAUGUCAGCAAAAAUAAUCUUAUUAAGCCAUCAAAGAAGAAGAGAGUUGAGUGUGACGAAUGGCUUCGUUAUUUGUUUGGAAAGAAGUUUGUGCUUCGCAUAAAAAUCCAUGAAUUGCUGUUUCCACACCUUGCUGAAAACCGAGACGAGUCAUCAGAUGAUACAGAUUCAAGUGAUUCUGGAGAGGAGGAAAAUGGGAAGAUAGCAUAUCGGAAGCGGAAAGCUUCAGUUUUGGGGAAUAAAGUUACUCCUAACUCAAAAAAGGUCCCUGAGUCCCUCAAAAGCUGUUUCGCUUCUGUGAUUCCUGAAAACAUUAAGCUCGUUUAUCUAAACAAAAAGUCAGUUCUAGAACUACUUAAGGAUCCUGAAACAUUUGAAAGUAAAGUAGCAGGAAGCUACGUGAGGAUCAAAUCUGACCCAUAUGAUUACUCCCAGAAAAACUCCCACCAGCUUCUGCAAGUAACAGGUGCAAGGAAGGAACCUGCAUGUGGUGAUGUUAGUACAGCAUACUUUCUCCAAAUACCACAUCGAAUGAAAGAGAUCCCUGUUAGCAAGCUAUCAAAUGAAAAUUUUAAAGAGGAAGAAUGUGAGGAUUUGCGUCAAAGAAUAAAAACUGGUUCUGCUAAUAGGCCGACUGUGACGGAGCUUCAAAGGAAGGCCCAAAUCCUGCAUGAAGUCAUAACUAAGCAGUGGAUUGCAAAAGAACUUAUUCUGGUACAAAACCUCAUAGAUCAUGCCAAUGAAAAGGGAUGGAGAAAAGAGCUAUUUGAGUACCUGGAGAGGAAAGAAAUGCUAAAGAAACCAGCUGAACAGGAAAGGUUAUUGCUUGAGGUUCCUAAUGUAAUUGCAGAAGAGCUAGAACCGGAAGCUAGUGUACAGGAGCCUGCAGAAGAUGAAAAGAACGAUGUUUCUUGUUUACCACAAUUAAAUAUUGUGGGGAAUGGAGCAGAUAUACCUUUUGAUGGAGAAGCUGAUAAGAGUCUAUUAAAUGAUGACUUCGCUAGUACAGAUAGCGCAGAACAGAUAGAGUUAGAAGCUAUUGUGCAGGAGCCUCUAGCUGAUGAAAAGAAUAAUUUUUGUAGUUCACCAGUGGCAACUGUUGCUGGGACUUUGGCACCUAUACCUCAAGAUACUGAAGCAGAGAACCCAGAAGCUAUUUUGCUGGAACCUGCAAAAGAUGAAAAGAAAAGUACGUGUUGCUUACCAAAGCUAACUAUUGCGAGGACUCCAGCAGAUAUGCCUUCUGAUACUGAAGUAGAUAAAUGUUUCUUCCUCUAUGGGCGCAGAACCAUGCAGUAUGCUUCUGAUGUUGACGUGGAGGUCAAGAGAACUUACAAUGGCACUACAUAUGUAAAGGAAACAAAUGAUGUUGACAGAGAAGGCAUUAGAACUUACAACAGUGGCACUACAUAUAUAAAGGAAACAAAUGAUGUUGACAGAGAAGGCAACAAAAGUUACAGCAAUGGCACUACAUAUGUAAAGGAAACAAAUGGUACAUGUGUGAUUGAUUUAAGUGAUGAUGAUGAUGAGGAAGGGCCAGAAGGUAUAAAUGACGCAUCCCAGAUAAUUGACUCCCCAGAAAGUAGUCUAUGGUACUAUAAAGAUCCUCAGCAAACUAUCCAGGGCCCUUUCUCAAUGGUGACACUAAAAAAGUGGACAGAAAACCUCUACUUUCCUUCAGAUUUCAGGAUCUGGAAGAGUGGUCAUGCUCCUGUGCUGUUGAUGGAUAUGCUUAGCUUGAUGUUCCCGCAUUAGCUUGGUGAUAGUAUCUACAUUUCGCUGUAUCUGAUUAGGUUUUGUUAAUGCUAUAUCAAGGUUAUAGACUCUGUUCCGUCAAGGAAAUUGCUCUUCCUUCAUCCUUUCUAAUAAUUCCGUUAAGGAAAUUGCUCUUCCUUCA